AUGCUCGACCAAGAUAAUAAUAAUAACUCAAAUCCAGAAGAGGAAGAAGCACAUAUCUCAGAUGAAAAGAAAGAUGAAUCUAAACAGAAGGAAGAUGAGCAUAUGAGAUUAGGAGGACACACUCCUUUAGCAACAAUUCUUCGUUUAUCUCCUGGUCCUUUAAUCUCACAAAUUGUCAAUUCAUUGUAUGGUGUUAUAGAUUCGAUGUGGGUGACAAGAUUCAUUGGAGAAGUGGGUCUUACCGCUUUAUCUGUUGCUUAUGUCAUUGAUAAUACUGCACUCUCAUUUGGAUAUUUCGUUUCAACUGCUGCAUCAUCAGAAAUUUCAUAUCUACUUUCAAAUAAGGCUUAUGAUAAGAUUAAUCAAGUUACUGCUGACCUAUUUCGAAUUUGUAUUAUGAUAGGAAUGUUAAUUCCAGCUAUUCUCUUUCCGAGUUCUAAACCAUUAUUUAGAUUUUUAGAUGCUGGUGAUGAAGUAAUUAAAAAAGCUUUUGACUACGUAAUACCUUUAUUAUCUCUAAACGUAGUUACAUGUUUUUAUCAUUGCGUAUGUGGAGUUUUACAAGCGGAAGGUCGAACAUGGACAUACGGAGGAGCUCAAAUUGCUUCGAUGAUAUUGAAUAUGGUAUUAUGGGAUCCUAUAUUACUUUAUCUACUCAAAAGGACAAUUGGGUCGUCUUUGGCUACUGAAAUUGCGAUGUUCAUCCCCGGUUUUAUCAUAUUGAUUUUAAUAUUCUGCCAUAAGUUCGCAGCAAAGCCAACAUUCAAGCUAUUUAAGAAUUGUUUCAUCAUAGAGACAUGGGAGGCCGUCAAAAUUGGCUUAUCGGCACUCAUUAUGAAUAUUUCGGUUGUUGUUCCAACAUUAGUCAUGCAAAAGUUUAUUGCUAUACGCGCAAACAAAAUCAAUCAAUACGAUAUGGUCAUUGCCGUAUUCAAUGCUUUAACAAGACUUUAUCAGCUUACAUUAUGUAUUCCUAUGGCCCUAAACGCUGCUUAUCUCCCUGCAACGUCAUAUGCGUUCGGUCUUAAUAACAAGAGACGUGUUCUGUGGCUGACAUGGCAUGUUCUUUGGAUUGGCGUCACUUGGGGUAUUUUUGUUAUGAUUAUUAUCUCAAUUUGGCCAGGCCCAAUAGCAAAAAUCUGGAGUAGCCAUCCUGACUUCCAGCAUUGGGCAAAAGAAAUGCUUCCUGUUUCUUUUUACACAAUUCCAUUAUGUACUGUAAAAUUCAUUGUCAUUUCGUUCUUGCAAGCUACAAAACAAGCAACAAAGGCAAUGAUCACAAGUAUUGUUACAGAAUUGGUUUCUUUACCUGUUUUUGCUUGUUGUUUCCAUUACAUAGGAAACAAUGAUUCUCCAACGAGAAUUAUUUACGCAUACAUUGUUAAUGAUCUGUUCUCAACAGCUGUAUGUCUUUGCGUUUCUGGAACAACAUUUUUCAGAUUCUUCAAAGAUAUUAAGAAUGGAAACACAAAGGACGAGUUCCCAAUGAAGGAAAUCGUUGAAGAAGAUGAUGACGAUUCUCAACGCGUUAUUCCUGAAAUAUAA